UGGCUUGCAGCAGGGCUCUGAGCUGAAAUGAUGCAUUUAGUUUUCUGCAAAUGUUGAGGUUUAUUGAUAUGCAACUCUGCAUAGUAAAGUUCAGCUUCUAUUUUCAGAGAAAGGAAGCCAUCGCCAUCCUUCUUCAGUCUUCAUCUGAUAGUUGUGUCCUAAACUUCAACAUGCUACAUGGUAGCUGCAUUUUUUGUCAUUUCUUCUUCUAGCAACGCAUGGUCUUUUUUUGGAGGGAAUUGCUGCUGGGAAGAUUGACAGCUGUCCUAAUAUUUUUUAUUUGUAAAUAAUCUUUCUUUCUAAUUUGAUUAGCAGCACCUGAUUUUUAAAGCUUGAACUAUCAAUACAGUCUUGAAAGGUUUUGUCCUGGGCCUUUAUACGUUAUUGGAGUGUAAUGUUUUCAGUGAAAACUGCACAUAUUAGUUUUCAGUCAGAACUCUAUAUAAACUAAAUGUAAGGAUUGUUAAAAUUAAAAAGCCGCAGGUGUUUUGUUCCUGCUGACCAGCUGCAGCUGAACAAACAUUUGGCUGAUCAAACAUCCAGAACACAACCAAAAGAGAUUAUGCUCCACCAUUAAAUCCAUGCAUUCAUUUUAUAUUUGCACUUUUUAUUGAGGUGUGUUCAUAAAUAGCUGGACAGUUUGUAAAGAAUCUCUCAGACUGAGGCGAAAGCGAACAGUCAUGGCAGCUCUGACUCUGACUCUUCUUGCUUUAGUCGGUGUUUCCUGCAGCCAGGCUUCGGAUUGCUCCUAUUCUGCUCUGCUGAAUCACCUCAAGCUGGAUGAGACAAAUAGUGGUCUUCAGAUUGAACGUCCGGUGAAAAACUGGAACACAACCACAGAGGUUCAGCUGGAAAUUACUCUGGGCGGUAUUUUAGACGUGAAUGAGAAGCUUCAAACUGUGACAAUUCACAUUUAUGUCGAAAUGCAUUGGACUAAUGAAUAUCUGACCUGGAAUUCCUCUGAGUUUUGUGGAAUAAAUCUGCUCACCAUUCCAGUUUCGAUGAUCUGGGUUCCAGAUAUAAUCAUACAGGAGGAUGCCUCUGAUAGUACAAAUUCUCAAGAAGAUCCUCUAGUCAGCGUGUUUCCGAACGGGACGGUCGGUAUAGUCAACCGGCUUCAGCUGACCUACAUCUGCAAGUUCAACCUCUUCAGAUUCCCGUUUGACACCCAAACCUGCAACAUCACAUUUUCAUCCCUGAAUUAUGACGAUUCUCAGUUGAAGCUGGUAAAAUCCACCAACGACUCCAUCCUGACGAAGCUGUCGGGUCUCAACAUGCUGACUGAGGGGGAGUGGAAGCUGGUGAACAUAAAAAGCAUCAGCUACACGUCUCUCGCUCAGAGAAGUGAACUUGUUUACCAGAUCUCCCUGGAGAGGAAGCCGUUUCUUUACGUCGUCAACUUGAUUUUGCCCUUGUUGUUUUUGCUGGUUCUGGAUUUGGCCUCGUUCUUCGUCAGUCAGAGCAGCGGCGAGAAGCUUGGCUUCCAGGUGACGAUACUGCUGUCCGUCUUCGUCCUUCUGCUGAUUCUUAAAGACAUUUUACCGUCCACUGAAGAGUCUCUGCCGCUGAUGGCCAUCUACUGUGUUUCAGUUUUCACCCUGGUGUGGAUCAACGUGUUGGAGACGAUGCUGAUCAGCCCGUUAAAGGAUAUCGCCUGCUGUGUUGGUGAGGAACGCCAACAUGCUGAGGUCGUCAAAGUGAAAGAACAGGAAGCUGAUAACCGAAACGAGUCUGCAGGAGUUUCAGGAACAGAUCAACCAGAGGAGACUAACUCUCCGCUGGAUUUACCUGGUGAUGGACGGCAGCUGAAAUUCAUCAUGGCCAGAACGAAACCCGGCCAAAAAACCCCAGAAACAAAGAAAAAGUCCAAGAGAAUUAGAUGGGUUAAAAUUUUUGACUCUGUGUUCUUCGUCCUCUACUUUGCCACUGUUGUGUUUUCACAGGUUUUUUUAUUUAGUCUUUGGAAAUUUUACGUUUAGAACCAAUUUCUGAAACUUCUCCCAGUGCUUUCAGAAAGUGCACUGUUUUGGUCAAACGUCCCAGGAAGGUUAGUGAACGCGGCACCGUAGAUGCUUCUGUGGUUCUUCUGCGUUUUGUUUUUCCAACGUAAAAUUUGUGUUUGACAGUAAAUUUCUAUCAGUUAAGACAAUAAAACAUUUCUGCUUUUUGCAUGUAUGUUGUUUUUGUAAAUAAACCUGAAUCACCUUGCAGGGUUCCACUGUAUGGUCAAUAAAUACACACUUUAGUGCAAUUCAAGUCUUACUGCACUAGACCAUUCACACAUAAUGUGCUUUACCAAUGAUAAUGAAGCUUAGGAAUACAGAAAAUAACAAUUAAAUUCAUAAAUCAAAUCCCCAGGCCCUUCAUUGCUUUAUAGACCAUCAGAAAUAUUUUAAAAUCCUCCCUUUCACAAAAUAUUU